CGCGGCGCGGCGCUUUCAGGAAGACAGGAACUGCUCGCUCGCUCGCUCGCUGGCCGGCCACCGAGGACGUCGGCGAUCUGAUCCGGCAGAGCGGCUGCGGGCCAGGCCCCGGGGAAUCGGGCUCCAGCGAUGCGGUGGCUCAGAGCCGCGCUGCUGCUGUGCUGGGCGUCGAGUUUGAUGGGACAUUUUGGCAAUCCUUUAAAUAAGUACAUUAGACAUUAUGAAGGUUUAUCAUAUGAUAUGGAUGUACUGCAUCAGAAACAUCAACGUGCCAAGAGAUCAAUUUUACAUGAAGACCAGUUUGUACAUUUGGAUUUCCAUGCACAUGGCAGGAAUUUCAACCUAAGAAUGAAGCGGGACACCUCGUUAUUCACAGAUGAUUUUAAAGUGGAAGUGUCAGGUGAAGUGCUGAAUUAUGAUGUCUCCCACAUCUACACUGGAGAAAUCUAUGGUGAGAAAGGAUCUCUCAGCCAUGGAUCUAUAGUGGAUGGACGAUUUGAAGGGUUUGUCCAGACCCACCAAGGUACUUUCUAUGUUGAACCAGCAGAAAGAUACAUUAAAGACAGAAAGCCACCUUUCCACUCUGUGAUCUACCAUGAAGAUGAUAUCAAAUAUCCUCACAAAUAUGGACCAGAAGGAGGAUGUGCAGACCGUUCAGUCUUUGAAAGAAUGAAGCAGUACCAGAUGCUUGCUGUUGAGGAGCCCCCAGCCCAGAAGACUGUGAAUUUUGAUCAUGAACACCAAAGUGAAUGGGAACCAAUUAUUCUGAGGAAACGUCGUGCAUCUUCAGAGGAUCGAAACACAUGUCAGCUCUUCAUUCAAACUGACCAUUUGUUCUAUAAAUACUAUGGUUCAAGAGAAGCAGUAAUAGCACAGAUUUCUAGUCAUGUUAAAGCAAUUGAUACAAUUUACCAGACAACAGAUUUUCAAGGAAUCAGAAAUAUCAGUUUCAUGGUGAAAAGGGUGCGAAUCAAUACCACAAAUGAUGAAAAAGAUAGAAGCAACCCAUUUAGAUUUCCAAAUAUCGGGGUGGAGAAAUUUCUCGAGCUCAACUCGGAACAGAAUCAUGACGAUUAUUGCUUAGCCUACGUGUUCACCGAUCGCGAUUUUGAUGAUGGUGUCCUGGGACUGGCAUGGGUCGGUGCCCCAGCAGGAAACUCUGGGGGGAUUUGUGAGAAAAACAAGCUUUAUUCUGAUGGCAAAAAGAAGUCACUCAACACUGGAAUCAUCACCGUCCAGAACUACGGUUCUCAUGUCCCUCCUAAGGUCUCACACAUCACUUUUGCUCAUGAAAUAGGCCACAACUUUGGUUCUCCACAUGACUCUGGCAGUGAAUGUACCCCAGGAGAAUCCAAGUCUGGGGAGCUGAAAGAGAGAGGCAAUUAUAUUAUGUAUGCACGAGCUACAUCUGGUGAUAAGCAGAACAACAAUAAAUUCUCUAUCUGUAGUAUUAAAAACAUCAGCCAGGUCCUGGACAAGAAGAAACACAUCUGCUUUGUUGAGUCUGGGAAACCGAUCUGUGGCAAUGGUUUAGUUGAAGAGGGAGAGCAGUGUGAUUGUGGCUACAGUGACCAGUGCAAUGAUGAAUGCUGCUACAAUGCAAAUGAAGCAGAGGACAAGAAAUGCAAACUGAAACCAGGCAAACUAUGCAGCCCAAGUCAAGGACCAUGUUGUACCAAAACAUGUAGUUUCAAGAAUGUUAAUGAAAAAUGCCGCAAUGAGUCAGACUGUGCAAAGCAAGGGAAAUGUGAUGGUAAUUCUGCCUAUUGUCCAACAUCUGAUCCCAAAGACAACUUCACCCUCUGUAAUAUGAAAACUCAAGUUUGCAUCAAUGGGCAAUGCUCUGGAUCAAUUUGUGAGAAGUACCAGCUGAUGGAGUGUACCUGUGCAAGCGAAGAUAAUGAGUCGGUAUUGUGCCAUGUUUGCUGUAUGGAGAAACAUGAACCAUCAACAUGUGCAAGCACUGGAUCAGCUAAAUGGCAGAAAUUCUUCAGCAGUACUACCAUCUCACUACAGCCUGGCUCACCCUGCAAUGAUUUCAAAGGCUACUGUGAUGUCUUCAAUAGAUGUAGACUAGUGGAUGCAGAUGGUCCUUUGGCCAGGCUAAAGAAAGCAAUCUUUAAUCCAGAGCUUUAUGAAAAUAUUGCAGAAUGGAUUGUGGCUCAUUGGUGGGCAGUUCUACUCAUGGGAAUUGCUCUCAUCAUGCUGAUGGCUGGAUUUAUUAAAAUUUGUAGUGUGCAUACUCCAAGCAGUAAUCCCAAACUGCCUCCUCCCAAACCACUUCCAGGCACAUUAAAGCGAAGACGACAACAGCAACAACAGCAGCAGGCAAUGCAACAGUCACGCCAGAGACCCAGAGAGAACUAUCAGAUGGGCCAAAUGAGACGCUAACCUGAAGCAUUUGCCUUGGAUCUUUCUAGUGCCUACAGCAGGAAAUUUCACUCCAAAGAAAACCUGUUCCUGUCAUUGUCUCAAAUCUGAUAAGCUUUUGGGUUCUAGUAUUUGAGGGAAAUGGAUUACUAAUGAUGGAUGCAGCCUCCAAUUUAAAAUGGAGAAAAUUAAAUCCUCAGUGUCCCUUCUAAUCCAGUUUUAAUGAUCAGAUUACGUUUUGGAAUUUAUUAAAUCAUGUUUGGAAAGAGAAUUUGUUGAUGAGGCAUCAAAGUUACAUGAGAUUAUUCUGCAGUUGGCCAUUUGUGAUCUUUCUCAUUGCACCGUCCUGCGAUUAUGGGUAAUGCUGUUAUUGCUGCCGAUUUCAGGCUUUUAUGUAUAAUAACUCAGCAGUUUAGAAACUUAUUUGAUAAACUAACAGAUCGUUUUUCCAAACAUUGGCUUGUACUACUUACUCAUACACGUACAUCUUCCUGAAGAUGUAUGCGAGAACCUUGUUAUAAGCUUAACUGUAAUGCAUACAUUUCUGCUGUUUAAAAUAACAAAUGAUUACUGUUUAAUUGCCAUACUCAGGAUAAUGUAGGACAUGAAUAAUCUAAAAGACCUCUCUAUUGAUAGCAGCUGUGACACAGUAAAACCAUGAAAUUUGUCUUUAAAUUUUCAAUCUGUAUUGCCUCCGUUAUGACAUCUGAUACCAGGUUUGGACAGUUCCUGAGAUGUCCAAGUAUAGAAUGAAUGCUCUGGAUUGCGGAUGUUGUAGUUGUAAUUCAUAUGUUUAAUAAUUUAUGAUUAAGUUAGUGCAAAUGUUUGACAAUAUUUGAUUUAAUUUUAGAGACUAAAUCAGCUAGCGUGUUUGAAUUCUGCUGAAAUUUUCUGCAGACUUGUCUGAAUAACAUUUUGAGCUUUUGCUUUACAAAGUGUGGAAAGAAUUGUGACAAAUCAUUUUUAUAUUUUGGAAUUUGUGUUUAAAAUUUGGGAUUAUAUUUUUUUUAAAUGCAUACUUCUGUGAAUUCUGAUAAUUACAAGGGCAACCACUGAACAGCAGGUGCUCCUCUUUUACAAGCAGCAGUAGCUCUUUCGAGGGAGUUUAGAUAUUUCUAUUUACUAUGAAUUGAAACUGAAAUGCAAAUUAUAAAUUCAACUUAAAGUGUUUACUUGGACAUAUUCAAAAAUAAUUGGAUGUCUGGCAGACAGGCCAAACUCUAAAAUAGCAUGAUCUAUUUUCUUUUAAAUAGUAAAAACUUGUACAGUAGUCAAGAACAUUUUUCAAAUACAACUUUUUGUACAUGAUUUAGAAAAGAAUUUUGUAUUGGAAUCCCAGCAAUUAAUGUGUGAUUCUGCGGAAUCCUGAAUGAUCUUAACAGUUGGAAAUGUUUCUUUUUUCUUUGGAAUCAUCAUUUACAUUAUGUGGGCUGAAAGUGGGUUUGUUUCAAACAAUGAUGGGGCUUUACAAAAAGCACAUUUAAAUAAAAUCUAGAGUAUUAGACAUUUCAUAGUUUCUUUGUGUAUUAUCCUGUGGUAGGACAUAGGCAGGACUUACUGCUGAGUCCUUUUUACGUUGGUUUAAAGCCUUCAGGGGUUGAGCACUGAACAUUUAAAGAUGAGUCCUGAUGGAAAUUCAGAAUCUUCAAAGAUAAACAAUACUACUGUCAUAUUUUAUUGCCCACUGUGUUUUAUACAGUAUCUCUUUGUUCACUGAGCAAAUUUUUACUAAAAGUUGCUGAAAGUAUUGUGCAAAGACAUGUAAGUUUUUGAAGUACUUGAAAUGCAUUAAUAAAGAAUAGACUCGA